AUGAUCAAAAGAAUCAAAGCAUAUCCCAAGCACUGUGAUGAGUACUAUGGACCAUAUGGUAUGGAUUGUCUAAAAACUAUUUGGGAAUUGGUGAAAUGUCUUGCCGAUGGAACGAAGUUUCCACCUAAACUAGACUCUGUGGAAAUUGAUGGAUUCAAAGGGAUGGGAUUAACUCCACUUAUCAAGCUUUUCAACACAUCUUCUCUUUCUGCUGAUAAGGGUGAUGUCAAAUUUCAACAAGAAUGUUUUGGAUUAGAAUAUCCUGGGGGUUGUGUCAACUAUUAUGGACCACAUCCCAUGCAAUGCCUAAUCACAAUAUGGAAAUCAUUUGAAUGUUUGGAACUUGGAUCAAGAUUUCCAGAAAAACUUUCAAGAUCUGAACUACAACGAAUUGAUAAUCUAAAUAUCAGGGAAGUAACGGCUGAAUUUAAGGUUAUCAGGAAUGAUGCGGAUAAUAACAAUAAGGAGUCACAGGUGUACUGUUUUGGAAUGGAAUAUCCACUACAUUGUCUAAAAUAUUACGGACCACAUCCAGUGAAUUGUCUGGAGACCAUGUGGACUUCUGCACGUUGCAUAAAUGAAGGGAAAAAACAUCCUACAAAAUUAAGUCAAGCAGAUCUAACCCGCCUUGAUGGAAACAAUUUAAGAGAAAUAAUAAAUGAGUUUAAUGGAACAAAGUCAGCUGCAGAUAAUGGGAAUGUAGAGAAUCAAAAUUUUUGCUUUGGAUUACCAUAUCCUGCCCACUGUGAUAAGUAUUAUGGCCCAUAUUCUGUUGAAUGCCUAACUACAAUAUGGACUUCAGUGAGAUGUUUGCCAGAAGGUGAAGAAUAUCCUCACAAGUUAUCUGAAAGUGCUAUAGCAGCUUUCACUGAAAUGGGACUGAGACCAUUGAUCGCACAGUUUAAUGCCUCAGCUCUUGCAUCAGAUAACGGAGAUGUUGGUCAUCAGAAGAAAUGCUUUGGAAUGGAAUAUCCAAAGCACUGUGUAAAAUACUAUGGACCACAUCCUACAUCUUGUUUGAAAACGAUUUGGAGUCAUUUUGAAUGUUUGGAACUUGGAACUAAAUAUCCUGAUAAACUUACAACAGAGGAACAUCAAAGAUAUGACAAACAAACACUUAGGGAAGUCAUCAGUGAUUUUGAAAACACAAGGAACAAGGCUGAUAGUGCUUCUAAACAACAUCAGCAAUACUGUUUUGGAAUGGAAUAUCCUCUCCAUUGUACAUUAUAUUAUGGACCUCACCCUGUUGAAUGUUUGGUAACGAUCUGGAUUUUGGAACUUUGCUUACCUGAUGGUCAUAAACAUCCAACUAAACUAUCCAAUGACGCCUUGGAACGGCAUGAUCAAAUGAAUCAAAGAGAAAUUAUAAGUGAAUUCAAGUCUAUCAAAUCUUCUGCGGAUGAAGGUGAUCAUGACAAUCAGAAUUUUUGUUUUGGAAUGGCAUAUCCCAAGCACUGUAAUGAGUAUUAUGGACCAUACAUUAUUGAUUGUCUUAAAACAAUUUGGGAAAUGGUAAGAUGCCUUCCUGAUGGAUCAAAAUUUCCAUCCAAACUAGACUCAGCAGAAAUUGAUGGAUUCAAUGGAAUGGGAUUGACUCCACUCAUUGAACUCUUCAACACGUCUGCACUUUCUGCCGAUAAGGGCGAUGUCAAAUUCCAACAGGAAUGUUUUGGAUUGGAAUAUCCUGAGGGUUGUGUCAACUACUACGGGCCACAUCCCAUGGAAUGCUUAAUCACAAUAUGGAAAUCAUUCGAAUGUUUGGAACUUGGAUCAAGAUUUCCAGAAAAACUUCCAAGAUCUGAACUUCAACGAAUUGAUAAUCUAAAUAUCAGGGAAGUAACGGCUGAAUUUAAGGUUAUCAGGAAUGAUGCGGAUAAUAACAAUAAGGAGUCACAGGUGUACUGUUUUGGAAUGGAAUAUCCACUGCAUUGCUUAAAAUAUUACGGACCACAUCCAGUGAAUUGUCUGGAGACCAUGUGGACUUCUGCACGGUGCAUAAAUGAAGGGAAAAAACAUCCUACAAAAUUAAGUCAAGCAGAUCUAACCCGCCUUGAUGGAAACAAUUUAAGAGAAAUAAUAAAUGAGUUUAAUGGAACAAAGUCAUCUGCAGAUAAUGGAGAUGUAGAGAAUCAAAAUUUUUGCUUCGGAUUACCAUAUCCUGCCCACUGUGAUAAGUAUUAUGGCCCAUAUUCUGUUGAAUGCCUAACUACAAUAUGGACUUCAGUGAGAUGUUUGCCAGAAGGUGAAGAAUAUCCUCACAAGUUAUCUGAAAGUGCUAUAGCAGCUUUCACUGAAAUGGGACUGAGACCAUUGAUCGCACAGUUAAUGCCUCAGCUCUUGCAUCAGAUAACGGAGAUGUUGGUCAUCAGAAGAAAUGCUUUGGAAUGGCACUGUGUAAAAUACUAUGGACCACAUCCUACAUCUUGUUUGAAAACGAUUUGGAGUCAUUUUGAAUGUUUAGAACUUGGAACUAAAUAUCCUGAUAAACUUACAACAGAGGAACAUCAAAGAUAUGACAAACAAACACUUAGGGAAGUCAUCAGUGAUUUUGAAAACACAAGGAACAAGGCUGAUAGUGCUUCUAAACAACAUCAGCAAUACUGUUUUGGAAUGGAAUAUCCUCUCCAUUGUACAUUAUAUUAUGGACCUCACCCUGUUGAAUGUUUGGUAACGAUCUGGAUUUUGGAACUUUGCUUACCUGAUGGUCAUAAACAUCCAACUAAACUUUCCAAUGACGCCUUGGAACGGCAUGAUCAAAUGAAUCAAAGAGAAAUUAUAAGUGAAUUCAAGUCUAUCAAAUCUUCUGCGGAUGAAGGUGAUCAUGACAAUCAGAAUUUUUGUUUUGGAAUGGCAUAUCCCAAGCACUGUGAUGAGUAUUAUGGACCAUACAUUAUUGAUUGUCUUAAAACAAUUUGGGAAAUGGUAAGAUGCCUUCCUGAUGGAUCAAAAUUUCCAUCCAAACUAGACUCAGCAGAAAUUGAUGGAUUCAAUGGAAUGGGAUUGACUCCACUCAUUGAACUCUUCAACACGUCUGCACUUUCUGCCGAUAAGGGCGAUGUCAAAUUCCAACAGGAAUGUUUUGGAUUGGGUAUGCUUUAUUGGUUUUUUAAUUUUUGA